GGAGGGCUGGCUGUGAAGUGAAAGUGAAAGCACAGAAUUCUUCAGUAUUUUUGUGAAGGUUAGUCUGAGUUCUUAUUUGGCUGUGAAGAAGAUCAGCUUCAACGGAAGACAAUCGACCAAAAUGGGUUUUAUGAAAUCAAAACCAGCACCUCCAAAAGACUUUGAGGAACCAUGGAGAAAUGUGGACUGGAACAGAAAAGAACUCUUGAAAUCUGAGUUACGUCAAUUCCAGUUGAAUCAUCCAGAAAUCAGCCAUUUUAGAAUACUGCUUCAUGGACCUGUCGGAGCUGGGAAAUCCUGCUUUAUAAACUCUGUGAUGAGUGUAUUCAAAGGAAAAAUUGUCAUCAAGGCACAGGAAGAGUCAUCUGCAGGAAAGAGCUGCACAAAAACAUACAAAACCUACAAAAUCACUGAUGCAAAUUCUCAGACUUUGCCAUUUGUCCUCAAUGACGUUAUGGGUCUGGAAAAUCAUGAGGAAGAUGGAGUUCAUCCUCGUGAUAUUAUUCAUGCACUGCAUGGCCAUGUAAAAGAAGACUAUAAGUUUAAUCCUGCUUCUCCACUGAGUCAUGCAGACCCAGACUUCAUAAAUGACCCCAAUCCAAAUGACAAAGUGCACUGUUUGGUGAGUGUAGUGCCUGCAGAUAGCAUCACCCUAAUGCCAAAUGAGGUCAUUCAGAAGAUGAAAAAUGUCAGGAAGGAAGCACUCAGCUUGGGCAUCCCUCAUGUAGUUCUGAUGACGAAGAUAGAUGCUCUUUGCCCACUGGCUAAGAAGGAUCUAACCGAGGUUUACAAAAGCAAGAAAAUCAAAGAUACGAUGGAGAAAUGCAGCCACAGACUUGGUCCACCAGUGAAAUGCAUCUUCCCAGUGAGCAACUAUUAUGAGGAAUGUGAACCAAAUAAUGCAAAAGAUGUACUUAUUCUGAUGGCAUUUAAGGCGAUUGCUGAAUUUAUUAAAGAUUACAUCGAAGAUGAUAACAUCUGAGUUAUCUGCGAAAGCAUCCAUUUGAAAAAGGGAUUACAACCUAGUUCAUUUUUAUCAUCGAAUUUAUGUAAGUCAAAUAUUAAAUAUGAGCAUCAGUGACCAACUAAUGGUAUGUUUUAUUAAAAAUACACUUUCUGCUCUUUACACACACAUUCCUUAUUAAUCUUUCUGAAUCAGCCAAAUUAAAUCUCUGCUGUGUAGCAGUUACUACAAACAUUGGGCUAUAUUCAGAGGCCACUUAACUUGAGACCAAAGGUUACAUCAACAUUUCUGCAGAAAGAGUUUGUUGUAGCCAGAGUCGGGUUAUGCAGCUGGAAAAGAUGAUUUUCUGGAUUAUGUAAAUUACCUUUGUGUAGUUCAUGCCCUCUGAGGGUUUCAUAUGAGGUAAGCUUUCGCAUCAAUAGCAUCUAGACCGCUGCCUUUAAUAAAAUGAGGCUAACAGCAUCCAUCUGUUAUCCAUAACCACUUAUCCUGUGCUGGGUCGCGGGCAAGCUGGAGCCUAUCCCAGCUGACUAUGUGCAAGAGGCAGGGUACACCCUGGACAAGUCACCAAAUCAUCACAGGGCUGACACAGUGAGACAAACAACAAUUCACACUCACAUUCACACCUACAGUCAAUUUAGUCACCAAUUAGCCUAACCUGCAUGUCUUUGAACUGUGGAGGAAACCAGAACACCCCCACGCAAACAUGGGGAGAACAUGCAAACUCCACAUAGAAAGGCCCUCAUUGGCCACUGGGCUCGAACCCAAAACCUUCUUGCUGUGAGGCAACAGUGCUAACCACUACAUCACCGUGGCACCCAGGCUAACAGCAGUCAGCUAAAACUAAUAUGAUAUAUAAAUGAGCAGGAAUUGCACUAAAGACAAAUAUAACUGCCUAAUAUAUUGCAGGAUAUUAGUUAAAUAAUCACUGGUUUAUCAGUACAGCUUAUACACUCAUUAUUCAGCAGAGCAUAAAAUAGCACUUGAUCCAGCACAUGCUUUUAUUAUUAUUAUUAUACUCUACUAACAUGAGGUCAUAAAAUUGUAAUGUGUGCCUGUGAUGUUGUUUAAAUUAUAGCUAAUUAUUUGACUAUUAUUAGAAAUGAUAUAUCUUGUUAUGUAGAUUAUAAAUCAUUUGCUAUGCUAGCGCUCACAUCUUCAUAAUUGUAUUCAUAAAUAAGUUUUGUGUGUGAGAAAAGCAAUGUCUCCGAUCGAGAUACUGCCUCAUAUCCCUUCUAUCACUGCGUCCUGCAUGAUAAAUAUCUUUUUGUGGACUUUAAAGUGAUUAUAUUAAUAAUGAACGAAUGAGUUAGCAUUAUAUUUGGCUUUGAUUAGCCCUUCAUGUUCUUGUUUUAUUGUAUUUACAAUAAAAA